UGCGUGUAAUAUACCUGAAACUGUAUUUCAAAAAGAUCAAUAAUUAAUUUUAUUUAAAUGAAAAAUCAUGCCUGUAAGACGAUCUUUAUUAUAAAGAAUUUGUACCUUUAUAUAAAUAAUCAUUAGAUGUAAACAACUAAUUGUACAAAGGCAAAAGAGCGUAAUAAAUUAGUUAUAAAAUACUCGAUAGUAGAGAAUAUUCAAAUUUAUAUGUAUUAAUACUUCAGAAAUAUGUAAUAUUUUCAAAGGAAGAGGAAGAAAGAAAGUCUAUAUAGUUUUUGCGUUAACUGAAAUCUGUAUCAAAAUCUUCUAAAAUUACUUCUCCCGCUAUUAUAAUUUUUUUACAAUGAUUUUUAAAUUCAUCACAUUUUCUAUCUAAUCAUUUCUGAUCCUCGGUUUUUUCUAUUAUCGAUAAACUCGUAGUCAUUCUCUGCGUUAAAUUUAUAUUUUCCAUUCUUCGUGUAACUCGUCAAGUUAUUUAUAUGGCGCGCAUAUACGUUUCACUUAAAAAGCGAUACUUUUCUCUGUGCACAGAUAGACAGUUCGAAAAGAUUGCAGGAGCAGCGAAGGCGAACGGAGGAUCCAAACAAUCGGUUCACCCUCUGCCCGUAGGAUCCACGGUAUCUUGACGACGUUUUCCGUCGAUUUUCCGCAUCUGCGUUGUUCUUCUCAUCCUCAUCGUGUCAAGUGCUUUGCGUGCGCACUGCGCUCACAGGCAGUAGGGGUUGGGAGGUGCAGUUGGAUGCUGAUCGUCGGUUCGCUCGUGGUUGCUCGGCUUCGCUCGGCAAUCUCCGUGGAUCUCUGCGGGGGCAGAGGCCUCCUUCCCUUUCGAGCAAUUCCACAGUGUUCACACUCCCGCGUAGGUGUGCGGUGGUACAUGCCGAGUUUUAUUUCAUCGUCGCGCGAUCCAGUGAUGAGUACGUGUUCGUAGCGGCCGCCCUUAGAUUACAAGUGAUAACGCGAAUUGCCACGUUGUUUCUCGACGUGCAAUAAGUGACGCGCACGGGAAACGAAAUAAUAGAAGAUCUUUGGAAGAUUGACAACGACGGAGCACGAGAUUAGGAAGGAAAAACAACGAGCGUGAAUGGAAACCGGCAAAAAUAAGGGUGCGAUCGGUGUCAUCGAUGUUCGUGUUCAGAAACGAACGACAGAGACCGAGAAAUAAAGCUGAUUCUCGCGUGGAUACUCCAUCGAGCGAUACUGGUUUCGGAGCUGUCGACGGUCGACGAAUUUGAACGUAGUGAUUCCGCGUCCUUUGACAAUUCACCUGUUACAAGUGGACUCGCGGUGCAGUUUAACUCUCCCCUGCCUUCCCCACCACUCUGAUUGAUCGAUCUCUCGAACGCGUCGAUCGCGAGCUUCCAUACUAUUCGUAUGACGUCCUUCUGUCGGAUAUGAUUACGUCUCGAGCGUGUCGAGAGGAAAAAGUGUACCGAGAAAGCAGCGACAAAGGCGUUUGUAAUUUAUAAGUCGGCGGAGUGCGCGUACCCGUCGGUUGCUACGGAAACAUUGUUUCUUGAUAUCCCACGGUACACGAUUCUUUCGAGAGAUCGUUCUGGAUGUGAUCUUUUCCUUUCGAUUAUCUCUCAGCCAAUCAGACACGCUUCACCACGAUUAUCAAACUUUUCGAUCGCGAUAGUGCUACCGAUUCUCGAACACAGUGACGCGUUACGUCUCAACGUUCAUUUUGAAUUGAAUUCGAAUUGAAAGAAAGUGAAGAAUCGAGAAAAGUGUUAUGUGAAAAAGACGAAAGGUUAAACGUAAGGAGAAGUACUAACAGAUGACGAUUUCUCACGAUAUUUGUGUUUUGUAUACGUGAUAGCAGUUCGGUUUGGUGGUAAACAACUGGUCAAGUGAAAUCUGUGCGAAACAAGGAUAUCGUCGAAGAAGUUACGUGCUCAUUGGAAAUACGUACUUCUUAAAUGUAAAGUUAAAUGCGGGUAUCGAGCGUGCGAUCGAUUUAUGUUGAUAUUCGUUGUUUCAUAGCGAACAUUUUCGAAUGUCGAUUUCACGAUAAGUAACGAAGGUGUACUGUGCGUGUAAACUGUGAAGUGACUUAUUUUCUAGAACGAGGUAAAUAUACGCGUUCGGAGUGCGAGUGGAUGGACCAUUCUGUGUUUACAUACGUUCUAUCGUGUUCGGUGUGUUCAUCUAUGUUCCUGUAGCGGAUUCGUUCUAACCAUGAAGGAGUACGGAAUGAAACUGUCACCGAUGAGGCUGAUCCUGAUUUUCACCAUUUUUUCCACUGUGACCAUCGUGAAAGGCGAAGGAGGACAAUAUUUCCGAGUGAGGCCAAGAAAUAGUUCUGUCCUGGAAGGUGGUGAAGUGAUGAUACCCUGUGAGGUUGGGAACAGAGUCGGCAUUGUACAGUGGGUAAAGGAUGGCUUCGCUUACGUCAUACAACCGAGUGGAGAAAUCGUCGGGCACUCGCGAUUGAGACUGAUAGGUGAUCAAAGCAACGGAAUCUACAAUCUGAAGAUCACAGACGCUUCUUUGACGGACGAUGGAGAAUAUCAGUGCCAAGUUGGACCAUAUUUGCGCAUUAAAUCGAUCCGUGCCAACGCUCAUCUCGUCGUCAUCUCACGACCGCAAAAAGUGGAGAUCAGCAACUACCCGAACAAGAAGAAGAUCGAGGUGAAAGUUGGCGAGUCUCGUCGUUUGGAAUGCGUUGUUCGAUCGGCGAAACCAGCCGCCUCGAUCGUCUGGUAUCGUGGAAACGUUCAGAUCAAAGGAGGUGACACGAUGAUUACCCCGAUUUCUAUCGAGGGUGACAAAGAAGUACAGAAGCCUGGUGAAAACAAAAAGGAAUUGCUCAAAUACGACACUCAUGGUUCCAUCGUCAUUGUACCAACCGCUGACGACAAUGAUAUGGAUUAUACAUGCGAAGCAAAUCACCCUGCCAUACCUAUCGACAUGCCCUUAAGAGAAACCAUUAAACUCUCCGUCUUUUAUCCACCCGGCGUGCCGGUUAUCGAAGGGUACACCGAGGGAGAGACUGUGAAACGUGGACAACAAUUGGAGCUAACCUGUCGAUCUCGAGGCGGAAAUCCGCCCGCGCAGAUCGUCUGGUAUAGAAACAACGAACAGGUUAGGACCGUGUAUCGAACCGAGGGUAGCUUUUCUGAAAGCGUGUUGUCGCUCAUCGCGAAGGCUCAAGACAAUAACGCGAGGUACAGAUGCGAAGUGUCCAACAUUAUGAGCGUGGAGCCUAUGAAGGUGCACGCGGAUCUCACUGUGCUUUUCGCGCCAUCCGGAGUGACGAUCACGGGGCCCACGGAAGCAAAGGCGGACGAACAAGUGGUGAUCACCUGCACCACGGAGAACUCGAAUCCUCCGGCAGAUAUCAAAUGGACUGUGGAUGGUCACAAUUUCGAAAGCAACGCCUCUAGAACCGAGCCAGCUCCUCAAGGCGGCUGGAUCACUACCUCGAACGUAACUUUCAACAUAAAUCGCACGAGCCGCAAUAUCGUGGUGAUAUGCGACGCGUCCAAUGUCAAGCUGACCGAAAACGUCGUCAGAACGCACACCAUAACCGUGAUUUAUCCACCGUCCAGGCUUGCCAUCACGGGUUACGAAGAAGGGACGACGAUAGACGCUGGCACAGUGCUCAGAUUGAUGUGCACCGCCACUUCCGGAAAUCCACUCGCCACGUUGAGUUGGUACAAAAAUGAUAAAAAGAUACAAGGAACCACGAGAACGCGAGAUCAUGCGGUUUCCAGCGAGCUAACGAUACUCGUAAACGCAUCCGACAAUAACGCGCGCAUACGAUGCGAAGCAGCGAAUUCCGCAACAGAAAUUCCUCUCCUCAAAAUGCUCGUCCUCAAAGUGAACUUUCCGCCUGAGAAAGUGAAGAUCAGCCGCGAGCCGCAGAAUCUGCACGCGGGCCAAGAGGGCCGUAUCAUUUGCGAAUCGAGCAGCAGUAAUCCGGCAGCGGAGAUGUCGUGGUGGAAGGGCGGCAUCCCCGUGCAGGGCACCAAAAAUGGCACUAAGCCCGGUUUACACGGUGGAUUUCUGUCGUUCGUUGAGCUCACGUUGGACGUUACGGAAGAAAUGAACGGAGAGGUGUACACGUGUCAGGCGAGAAACAAUCAAAUGGACAGGUCUAUUCACGAUGCCACCACCCUCGACGUAUUGUACAAGCCGAUAUUCUCCUCGAUCGAACCUUACGAAUUGAUUGGAAUGGAGGCCGAACCUUUCGUGAUUUCUGUUUCUGCCAUGGGAAAUCCUAAUGAGAUAAGAUACACGUGGACUAGGGAUGGUUUACCAUUGGUCAGCAAUAGCAGAAGGAUAUCUGUUCGCGCUUCUACCUUGAAUAUCACUAAACUGGACCGUCACGAUGCUGGAACUUAUAUUUGUGAAGCAACUAACGAGGAGGGAACGACGUUUUAUCAAUUGAACUUAACUGUUCAAUACUCUGCAAAAAUUAAACGAACAUCGACGUCAGGGAUAGUGUAUCCUCCUGGAAUCGAAGCGAAAUUGUUCUGCGAAGUGGAUGGCAGCCCCAUAGGAGACGAGUAUGUCACAUGGCAGAAAGUUGGCUCCAACUCGGAGCUCUCUGGUCGAUAUUCUACCUCUUUUAUCAACAAAACUUCUUAUCUCCACAUCGAAAACCCUGAUCAGGAAGACGUCGGAGAAUAUCAGUGCAAAGUUAACAAUGGAAUCGGAAACGUUACCUCCGAACCUAUACUUUUCGUUACAAACUUUAAACCACAAAUGAUGAACACACCGUUGACGAGAAGAGCAGCAGCAAAUAAAGGGAUAAACGUGCAUUUGUACUGCAAAGCUCGAGGUUCCCCUUUGCCACGAUUCUCCUGGACAUUUAAUGGAAAAACUUUACUACCUAAUGUUACAGAGCAUAAAUAUGGCAUUACCCACACUGACCUAAGCGAAUUAAUUUCCGAGUCGUCGCUGUCCAUUUUCCGCGUGACGUCGCACGAUUACGGGAAAUACGAGUGCCGUGCGAUGAACAAAAUGGGACAGUCGACGGAUAUCAUACACCUGGACGUGACGUCGCCGCCAGACAAGCCGACCGACCUCGAGGUCUAUAACGUCACCCAUGACUCCGUCACCCUAAUGUGGAAAAGAGGAUUCGAAGGCGGUUUGCCAACCUCCUAUCAGAUACGUUGGCGGCAAGCUCUCGACUAUGAGGAUCGAUAUCACUAUCUGGAUGUAUCACCGGGAGAAUAUAAAACCACGAUAACGGCAUUGUCCCUCGGGACUUACUAUGUGUUCAGCGUAAAAGCCAUUAACGAGAAGGGGGACAGUGGCUUUCUACCGGACCUAGUCAAAGUUCAGACGCUACGGGAGGCUCCACCUACCGACGUGACAUCCAGCGAGAUUAAUUCUUCCUACAUCAUCGUCAUUAUCAUCACUGUUUCUGCCUCUGUUUGCCUACUCAUUGCUGCGCCCAUAGUCUUUGCUACAUUAAAAUCGAAAAAGAAGGCCCAACGUUCCGGUAAAUAUAAUCACUCAACCCUAUAUUUGUCUUUUUUCUGCUUUUAUCCUGCAGGACCGAAUAAUGCGGAGAACCUGCCGGACGUUCUCUUGGAUAAAGGGGAUUUUACAAUGAAUUAUAUCUAUACGUUCGCAGCAACCUCCCUCAUCUUUUUUAUCAUUAAUAUCUUCAUCAUCGUGUUGUGGUACAUUUUGAGAAAGCGAAAUAAAUCUCGAAUAAACAAAUCACAAACAGCGGAUAUGUACGCACCAUCGACCGUGAAUGGAGACACCAUGACCGGCGAGUUAAGUUCGGUUUCCGAUGAGAAGAGCGACGUUAACUUCGACACUAACGAUUACGUGGACGAGGGACGAAAAACCGCAGCUAGCACGUAUUUGAUAGAUCAAACUAUACAAGAUUUUGGGAAAGGGAACAUGGAGAUGCAGGUACAUCAUCAAGGAACUCUUGGUCGCCGUAGCAAUCACAUUCAACCACCGAUGAGCAUGGAUUCACCGCCGCAGAGAACAACAGCCAGUGGUACACUUUCUGUUUCAAAAUCGAGUUAUAUCGGAAACCCCAGUCCUGCGCCGCCGAACGACGUGAACUUUUACAGCGUGGAGAUCGACAAUGGCCGCUACAUGGGCUACGAAACGAAUCAUAGUCCGAUCCCGGUGGUUGGUGAACCAGGCUCGGGUAGUUAUUAUACAUCCAUGAGUCCGACCGGGCAUAUGAUGUCGAGCCACAUGGGCAGCGGGACUAGCACGCUGACACGUAGCAGAACCCUACCACGUCCAGUCCCGCCACCGGAUGUAACCGUGAUGACCGCUGGCUCAAAAUCACCGAUACCACCAUCAGUACCUCCACCACCUACCACUUUCGCUCGGUCGGUAUCCAGCAACGCGCACACUCAUGGCCACCCAUUAUCAACAUUCACCCCUACACCAGCUUAUUCUGAUAUCGAUGGCCAUCUUGUCUGAGGAUCACCGAUAUUCGGCCCUAGUUCGGUGCGUGGUAAAUACCGUGCUGUACCAAGGGACGAGACUAUCACCGUGACAGAAAGAACCACCCGGCUCUAAUACACAUCUCGACCUGUGGCUGUUGACCAUGGAACUACUUCGCGGAUCUUCAACCUCCGUUCAUCGUUCCCGGCGUCACACUGAGCUACAUGUACUAUGAUUAUAUCGGUUCGAUAUCGUGCGAGGACUUUGAAUCGCAAAAUCUUUUUCGGCUACGUUUGUGUGCGAUCAUGAGUUUCGUGUGGGUGCUCCGACGACCUUUUCUCGUACAUAUUAUCC